AAGCCAGUUCAGAUGUUGCUGUUUCCUCAAGUCGCAGGUCUAUGGAAAUGCAGGAUCUAGCCAGCCCACAUAGCCGACUAAGUGGUAGUAGUGAAUCCCCCAGUGGUCCAAAACUUGAUAACUCUCAUCUAAAUAAUAAUUCCAUGACACCCAAUGGCACAGAAGUUAAAACAGAACCAAUGAGCAGCAGUGAGAUUGCUACUACUACUACCACAGACGGGUCUUUAGACAAUUUCUCAGGAUCAGCAAUUGGAAGCAGUGGUUUCAGCCCAAGACAAACACACCAGUUCUCCCCACCACAGAUUUACCCUUCCAACAGACCAUACCCGCAUAUUCUUCCUACCCCCUCUUCACAAACGAUGGCUGCAUAUGGGCAGACACAGUUUACAACAGGGAUGCAGCAAGCUACCGCUUACGCCGCCUACCCGCAGCCAGGCCAGCCCUAUGGAAUCCCCUCGUACGGUGCAUUGUGGGCAGGCAUCAAGACAGAAGGUGGAUUGUCACAGUCACAGUCACCUGGACAGACAGGAUUUCUAAGCUAUGGUGCAAGCUUUAGCACACCUCAACCUGGACAGGCUCCCUAUAGCUACCAGAUGCAAGGCAGCAGUUUUACAACAUCAUCAGGAAUAUAUGCAGGAAAUAAUUCACUCACAAAUUCUACUGGAUUUAAUAGUUCACAGCAGGAAUAUCCCUCUUAUCCCAGCUUUGGCCAGGGCCAAUAUGCACAGUAUUAUAAUAGUUCGCCGUAUCCUUCACAUUACAUGACAAACAGCAACACCAGCCCAACGACACCCUCCACAAAUGCAACAUACCAGCUUCAAGAACCACCAUCUGGCGUCACCAGUCAGGCAGUUACAGAUCCUGCAGCAGAGUACAGUACAAUCCACAGUCCAUCAACACCCAUUAAAGAUUCGGAUUCAGAUAGAUUGCGUCGUAGCUCAGAUGGGAAAUCACGUGGACGUGGCAGAAGAAACAAUAAUCCUUCACCACCACCUGAUUCAGACCUAGAGAGAGUAUUCAUUUGGGAUUUGGAUGAGACAAUCAUCAUUUUCCAUUCCUUGCUUACAGGGUCCUAUGCUAACAGAUAUGGAAGGGAUCCACCCACUUCAGUUUCCCUUGGACUGCGAAUGGAAGAGAUGAUUUUCAAUUUGGCAGACACACAUCUAUUCUUUAACGAUUUAGAAGAAUGCGACCAGGUUCACAUUGAUGACGUGUCUUCAGACGACAACGGUCAAGAUUUAAGCACCUAUAACUUCGGAACAGAUGGCUUUCCUGCAGCAGCUACCAGUGCUAAUUUGUGCCUAGCAACGGGUGUGCGUGGAGGAGUGGACUGGAUGAGAAAAUUGGCUUUCCGCUACAGACGAGUAAAAGAAAUAUAUAACACCUACAAAAAUAACGUUGGAGGUCUUCUGGGUCCUGCCAAGAGAGAGGCCUGGUUACAGCUAAGAGCAGAAAUUGAAGCUUUGACGGAUUCCUGGUUGACGCUUGCACUGAAAGCACUCACACUUAUUCAUUCGAGGACAAAUUGUGUGAACAUUCUUGUGACAACUACUCAACUUAUUCCAGCUCUGGCAAAAGUCCUGUUGUAUGGAUUAGGUGUUGUAUUUCCCAUAGAGAAUAUUUACAGUGCAACUAAAAUAGGAAAGGAAAGUUGUUUUGAGCGAAUAAUUCAAAGAUUUGGAAGAAAAGUAGUGUAUGUUGUUAUAGGGGAUGGUGUUGAAGAAGAACAAGGCGCAAAAAAGCAUGCUAUGCCAUUCUGGAGGAUCUCGAGCCACUCUGACCUUAUGGCCCUUCAUCAUGCCUUGGAACUGGAGUACUUGUAG